GUAGGUACGUGGCCGCUUCAGCUGACAGUCUACAAUGAUGGCGACGGAGGUUCAGAGCGGCGACCUCAACAGCGCUACGUCCAGCCGGCUCGAAGUUUCAAUCGAUGGCCUCACCCUCAGUCCAGACCCGGAGGGCGAGGAGCCGAACUCCGUCCCGUCUGAACCGCGGGCCGAUACUCCGGCUGACUUUGAGGGCGAAGAUGCAGAAAAAUCUGCGAUGGAGGGGAAGUGGGGCUUUCCUCUGCUGGAGCUGUACGGGAUGGCCCUGAAAUUUUUCAAAGAUAAAGACGGCAAAGCCUUCCACCCGACGUAUGAGGAGAAGCUGCGGCUGGUGGCCCUGCACAAGCAGGUGUUGCUGGGCCCCUAUAAUCCUGACGCUUUGCCGGAGGUCGGCUUCUUCGACGUUCUGGGCAACGAUCGCAGGAAAGAGUGGGCCACCCUCGGUAACAUGGAGAAGGAAGAGGCCAUGUUGGAGUUUGUCAAGCUGCUCAACAAGUGCUGCAACCUCUUUGCUCCUUACGUCAUAUCACACAAAAUCGAAAGGGAGGAGCAGGAGAGGAAAAGGAAAGAGGAAGAGGAGCGGCUGAGGCAAGAGGAGGAGGAGAGGGAGCGCCAGCGCCAGGAGGAGGAGAGACGAAGGCUCGAGGAGGAAGAGAGGCGGAGAAGAGAGGAAGAGGAGAGGAGGCAGGCAGAAGAGGAGAGGCUACGGGUCGAGCAACAGAAGCAGCAGAUAAUGGCAGCUUUAAACGCUCAGACGGCGGUGCAGUUCCAACAGUACGCUGUGCAGCAGUACCCCAACAGCCCCGAGCAGCAGCUGAGCCUCAUCCGUCAGCUUCAGGAGCAGCACUAUCAGCAGUACAUGCAGCAGCUCUACCAGGUCCAGCUGGCCCAGCAGCAGGCGGCCCUGCAGAGGCAGCAACAGCAGGCUGAUGCGGCGGCGCAGGGCGCCUUGGAUUCCAGCAGCUUUAACAGCGGGGAACCCGUUUCUGCCUCAGCAGCCGGUCCGCUGAGCGCCGCCUCGCCGCUCGUUGGCGACGAAGCGCCGACGCUCAACGGAGGCCAGUCGGACUCCUACUCGGAGAGCAUGGACCGAGAGCCAGAACCCGAGCCGGCGGAGGAGGUCUCAGAAAACGGGCCUUUAUUAGACUCCCCACCAGUCAUAGCAGCUCCCUCGAUGUGGACACGGCCGCAGAUCAAGGACUUCAAGGAGAAGAUCCGCCAGGACCCGGACAGCGUGAUCACAGUGGGGCGCGGCGAGGUGGUCACGGUGCGGGUCCCCACCCAUGAGGAAGGAUCCUACCUUUUCUGGGAGUUUGCCACGGACUAUUAUGACAUCGGCUUUGGGGUGUUCUUCGAGUGGACGGACGCCGCCUCGGCCUCGGUUAGCGUGCACGUGUCAGAGUCCAGCGAUGAAGACGAGGACGAAGAAGGCGAUCCUCCCACCGAAGAGGAAAAGGCGAAGAAGGAGGCGGGGAAGCCCCACGUGGAUGAGAUUGUGCCGGUUUACCGGCGGGACUGUCACGAGGAGGUGUACGCCGGCAGCCACCAGUACCCGGGCCGCGGAGUCUACCUGCUCAAGUUCGACAACUCGUACUCACUCUGGCGCUCCAAGAGUGUUUACUACAGAGUCUACUACACCAGAUAAGCCUGAACAAAGAUACGGGGAGAGCCGAGGAGUGUUUGUUCACAUUCGUGCGUGAAGGCAACCUGUAUCUGUGUGAGUGUGUUUGUGUGUGUGUGUGCAGCAGGGGAGAGUUGAGCUGUUAUGGACAAAAACCACCAGAGGGCGACAGAGAUGCAUCUGGAACCUUUAUUUGGAGAUUGGAUUUAUGUGUUUGUCUGCGUGAGACCCAAGUACCAUCCUUGCUACAUGCUGUCAUUAAGCCCUUCGAAUGAAGAGUGUGCAUUUCUGUUGUACAUUCACUGCCUGUCCUUGCUGCACUCACACCAAGCUGUAGGACUGUCCUCCUAACUUGUAUUUGACCACUUCUUUUCACUGGGCUCCUCCUCUUCCCCUUGAUCCCGCCGCCCCAACCUGGCUUCGUGGCCGCCCACAACCCGUUGGACUCUCGCAACCACAACCAGAAACUUGGUACGUCCAACACUGUGAACCAACGCUUCCUGUUUGGUGGAGAAAAAAAACUAAAACCCGGACUAUCCUGCGAGAACACAAUGAGGAAAAUCAAGUGAUAAUGAAAACGUGCUUCAUAACACUAUGCCUUUUACACACAGAUGAUCUGUUCUCUGCUCUGUUCUACGUUAAAAACAUGAGUAUACAUCAACAUAAUCUUUGUUUUUGUUAAACUACUGCCAAAAUUUCCUAAAGGACGGGUAAGAAGUCAUCCAUGAGCGUUAAGAGAGGGAACGUAAACUAGCAUGCAGGUUUAAAAUAUAACAAAAUAAAUCAGUUUGCCUUGUUGGAGGAAGUUUAAAUGUCAAAUCUUCAGUUUUUACGGUUUCCACACAAAUCAGCUGUUCAUAUUUCAUCAAACGUCCAUUCUUAAAAUAAAACACGGACAGGGAGAUGAUCUGUGUGUGGCGUAACUCCGAAUAUUUGUUUUGAAGUUGUGGCAGGCAGCAUUUAACUAAGAAUCCACGUUUUGCAGGUCAUGGCACACUGUUACGUCUGUGCAGCGUUUAGACAACUAACACUGCGUUUCUUUUCUUCUUUUUUUAUUUUAUUUUCAUGCAGUCAUCAGUCGGCAUCUCGAGUAUUGUGGAAAAACUGGCGACCCUCUCAAAUUCUGUCUCCAUCAUCUUUUCAUUUGUUGUUCUGUAUAAACUGAUCAUCUCUGCCUGUUCCUCAUCCAUACAGUGAUUUUUUUUUUUUUUUUUUGUCUGUAAAAUGUUCACUAUGGCUCAGUCCAGCCACCCAACCCCACAGACAUGUUUCUUACUGGUCACAACUUGGGUUUGAGUUGUUCAAACCUUGUAUGUAAAUAAUCUAUAAAUGAGUUUAUGUUUGGGUUUCAGAUAUGAAAGAAGGCUGUGGUUUUGCAAAUGAAUUUGCACUGUACAUUAAGGUGAAAGAUUUGUGUUUUACCCAUAUCURGUUAGAAGACGUGUGAAACUAAGACUUUAUUGGUAUGACAGAGAAACUCAACUUUUUCUUAUCGUUUGACUCUUUUCAGAUCUAUAAGUUGCAAAAUCAUUUUGGGCAUAUAUUUAAUCUUGAUUAAAGUUAUCUUCCUCUAGAGAA